AUGGCGGGCGCGGGGGGCGCGGGAGGAGCGGCCCCGGUGCCGGUGCCCCCCUGGUACCACCGGGACCUGAGCCGGGCGGCGGCCGAGGAGCAGCUGGCGCGGGCCGGGCGGGACGGCAGCUUCCUGGUGCGGGACAGCGAGAGCGUGGCGGGGGCCUACGCGCUCUGCCUGCUGUUUCAGAAACACGUCCACACCUACCGCAUCCUGCCGGACGAGGAGGAUUUCCUGGCCGUGCAGACGUCGCAGGGGGUGCAGGUACGGCGCUUCAAGACGCUCAGCGAGCUGAUUGCCCUAUACCUGCAGCCCAACCAGGGGCUGGUCUGCACCCUGCUCUUCCCUGUGGAGAGGGAGAAAGAGAAGGAGACCGUGGAGGACAGGGACUACUCGGAUGGAGAGGAUGAGAAGCCACCGUUGCCACCACGCUCUGGCUCCACCAGUUUCUCUGGUACCUCGGUGGGGCUCAGCCCCACUGGCCUGGGACCGUCUGUGCCAGAGGGGCCAGUGGAGAGCACCAAUGGGCUCAGCAGCAUCUCACACGAGUACCUGAAGGGCAGCUACACCCUGGACCUGGAGGCAGUGAAGGGAGGGGCCAACAGUCUCCCCCACCUCAACAAGACCCUCGUCACCUCCUGCAAACGGCUGCACAGUGAGGUGGACAAGGUGCUGGCAGGGCUGGAGAUCCUCUCCAAGGUGUUUGACCAGCAGAGCUCCCCCAUGGUCUCCAAGAUCCUGCAGCAGACGGCAGGGCAGAGCGGAGAGCAGGAGCUGGAGAACCUGGUGCUGAAACUCUCUGUGCUGAAAGAUUUCCUCUCCUCCAUCGAGAAGAAGGCGCUGAAGGCCCUGCAGGAGAUGAGCUCGGCCACCCCCGCCACCCCCCCCCAACCCCUCUCCCGCAAGGCCAAGAGCAUCCCAGUGCAGACCUUCGAGGUGAAGCUGGAUAUCACCCUGGGGGACCUGACCAAGAUUGGGAAGUCACAGAAGUACACGCUGAGCGUGGAUGUGGAGGGCGGUAAACUAGUGGUGCUGAAGAAGCAGAAGGACUCCCAGGAGGACUGGAACACCUUCACCCAUGACAAGAUCCGGCAGCUGAUCAAGUCACAGCGGGUGCAGAACAAGCUGGGCAUCGUUUUUGAGAAGGAAAAGGAUAAAACGCAACGGAAAGACUUUGUUUUUGUCAGUGCCCGGAAGCGUGAGGCCUUCUGCCAGCUCCUGCAGCUGAUGAAGAACAAGCAUUCUCACCAGGAUGAGCCCGACAUGAUCUCUGUCUUCAUUGGCACCUGGAACAUGGGCAGUGUUCCCCCCCCAAAGAACAUCACUUCAUGGAUCACCUCCAAGGGGUUGGGCAAGACUCUGGAUGAGGUAACGAUGGCCAUACCGCAUGACAUCUACGUCUUCGGCACCCAGGAGAAUUCUCUGGGAGACAAGGAGUGGGUGGACUUCCUGCGCACGGUCCUCAAGGACUUCACAGAGGUUGAGUACCGCCCGGUGGCCAUGCAGUCCCUGUGGAACAUCAAGGUGGUGGUGCUGGUGAAGCCAGAGCACGAGAACCGAAUCAGCCAUGUCAGCACCUCCAGCGUCAAGACAGGGAUCGCCAACACCCUGGGGAACAAGGGCGCUGUGGGUGUCUCCUUCAUGUUCAAUGGCACCUCCUUUGGCUUUGUCAACUGCCACCUCACCUCUGGCAAUGAGAAGACAGCGCGGAGGAACCAGAACUACCUGGACAUCCUGCGCCUGCUCUCACUGGGGGAUAAGCAGCUGAGCUCCUUUGACAUCUCCCUUCGCUUCACCCACCUCUUCUGGUUUGGGGACCUCAAUUACCGCCUAGACAUGGACAUCCAGGAGAUCCUCAACUACAUCGGCCGCAAGGAGCUGGAGCCACUGCUGAAGGUGGAUCAGCUCAAUCUGGAGAAGGAGAAGCACAAGGUGUUCCUGCGCUUCGGUGAGGAGGAGAUCACCUUCCCCCCAACCUACCGCUAUGAGCGGGGCUCCCGGGACACCUAUGUCUGGCACAAGCAGAAGCCCACAGGGGUGCGUACCAACGUGCCGUCCUGGUGUGACCGCAUCCUCUGGAAGUCCUACCCUGAGACUCAUGUCAACUGCAACGCUUAUGGGUGCACAGAUGACAUUGUCACCAGUGACCACUCGCCUGUCUUCGGCUCCUUCGAAGUGGGAGUGACAUCCCAGUUUGUUUCCAAAAAAGGGCUCUCCAAGUCCUCAGAGCAGGCAUACAUUGAGUUUGAGAGCAUAGAGGCCAUCGUGAAGACUUCCAGUCGCACCAAGUUUUUCAUCGAGUUCUAUUCUACCUGCCUGGAAGAGUUCAAGAAGAGCUUCGAGAACGACAGCCAGAGCAGUGACAACAUCAACUUCCUCAAGGUGCAGUGGUCAUCCCGGCAGCUGCCCACGCUGAAGCCCAUCCUCUCCGAGAUCGAGUACCUGCAGGACCAGCACCUCUUGCUCACCGUCAAAUCCCUUGACGGUUACGAGUCCUACGGGGAGUGUGUCAUUGCCCUGAAGUCAAUGAUUGGCAGCACAGCGCAGCAGUUCCUCACCUACCUGUCCCACCGCGGUGAGGAGACCGGCAACAUCCGCGGCUCCAUGAAGGUCCGGGUGCCCACGGAGCGCCUGGGCACCCGUGAGAGGCUCUAUGAGUGGAUCAGCGUCGAUAAGGACGAGACGACAGCCAGCAAAGGGAAGGUGCCGCUAGGUGCCAGGGCCACCCAGGACAAUGCCAAGUCUGUGGGGCGGAAGCCCACCAGUGCUGAGCCCCCCGCCGCCAUCCUGGCAAAGCUUCCGGAGGAGUCCGAGAAGAGCAGCGCCGCAGCAGCGCCUCGUCCCCCUGCCCCACACCGCAGCACCCCCAGGGACGAGGCCACCCCGAGCCGGUCCAAGGCGGAGGCAAUGCCAGAGCUGUCAGGGGGUCCCCUGAAGAACAGCUUCAACAACCCAGCGUAUUACGUGCUGGAGGGGGUCCCCCACCAGCUGCCGGUGGCGGGGGACCCCAGCAAGCCCCCCAAGGCCAAGGUGCAGCUGGUAGUGCCAGAGCGCUGCCAGUGCCCCUCGGCGUGCUGUGGUGGCAAGAGCGAUGAGGAAGAGGACCUCGGCACCCUCAACCUGCCGCCGCCGGAUUUUCCGCCGCCUCCGCUGCCGCGGGAGCUGGAGCUCCCCCCGAACACCUUCUUCGGCACCCCCAAGGAGCUGCCGGUGCCCACCGGGUGUGAGGACCCCAAAUCCCAGCCUGCUGCCUUUGGCGAGGCUCCCCUGCCCAAGCUGCACCCCCGGCCACCCCCAGCGGCCAGGGCUGGGUUUGGGCUGGAGGGAGCCGGUGGGACGCCUGUUACUGGGGGGCUGCCUGCAGUUGGGGGGCUGCCCGCUGCCGGGGGCCUGCCAGGAGGACUGCUGGAUGACCGCUCCUGCUCGGUGCUGCAGAUGGCCAAGACGCUGAGUGAGGUGGACUACAGGGGCGGGAAGGGGAGGGUGGUCCCCCCGCCGCCGCUGCUGGCCAAGGGGGGAUUGCCUCCCCGCUGCCUGCACUCCGACUAUGGCCGCCCCCUUGCCUUCCCGCCCCACCCCAUCCAGGAGAGCAUCCAGGAGGACCUGGCUGAGGAGGUGAGCCGCGCAAGGCGGGUGGACUUCAGCACCUCGGCUGGGGCUCCCUUUGGGGUGCCCCAUGGUGCUGAGGCUGUCGGGGCGCAGGCGCUGGGCCGUGGUGCGGGUGCCGUGCCCGGUGUGGGCGAGUGGCUGCGGGCGCUAGGGCUGGAGCGGUACGAGGAGGGGCUGGUGCGCAAUGGCUGGGAUGACCUGGAGUUCCUCAGUGACAUCACAGAGGAGGACCUGGAGGAGGCCGGAGUGCUGGAGCCUGGCCACAAGCGUGUCCUUCUGGAGAGCCUCCAGCUCCGCAAGUAGCUGCCACCACACAUCCAGCAUCCCAUUCAUCCCAUGGCCCAGCAUCCCAGAUCCUGCGACUGCACAUUCUGCAUCCUGUGGCUCAGCAUCCCAAGUCCUGCAGCCCUGCGUCUCAGACCUUGCAGAUGCGUGUCCUGCGGCCCUGCAUCCCACAGAUGCACGUCCUGGAUCCCAUGGCUGUGCAUUCUGCAUCCUGCUGCCACAUAUCCCGGAUCCUGUGGCCCUGCAUCCUGCAGCUGAGCAUCCCAGAUCCUGCAGCCAUGCAUCCCAGAUCCCCCAGAUCCCGUGGCCACAUUUCCUGGGUCCCAUGGAUAUGCAUCCCAGAUCCUGUAGCCAUGCACACUGCAGCUGAGGAUCCUUCAUCCCACAGUCCCACAUCCUGCAUCCAUUUAUCCUACCAUCACCAGCAGCAAGUGGGAGCCCCAUGACCUUCACAGCCCACCCCCCACCCUGGAUGCAGGGUAAUGGGGUGGGAAGGGGGUGUGGGGGGGACAGGGGCGUGGUGGGUCCUGGUCAGAUAAUUUCACAUGAGGAUCCCUAUGGGGUACCCUCACAUUUAAGUUAUUUUUUUAUUUAUUGGGAGAAGGGAUGGGGAAGAGGUGUUUGGGGGUAACCGUUGGGAUCCUGGCUCCCCCCAUGACCCCUCACAGCUAGGAGGAGGAGGCUCUGAGCAAAGUUGUGUCACGACCCAAGUGCCUUCAUGAUGCCUGGGAUG